UGGACCUCGUGCUAUCUCCACUUUUCGGGAUUACCGAGCCUGGUACCUUCCAAAGGCAGUCGGUCUAUUUGGGUCCUGCAACGUGUUCUGCGCGAGGCAUCACGGUCAUUCACGUCACCUAAACCACAUCCAUGGUUCCUCUCUUCCUAAAAGUUGUCUACAUUGUCGGUCUUGUGGCGGAUAGGCAUCCAUGGUCAAGGGGUAUCAAUCACACAACAGCACUCCUUCCACUGAAUAGACUAUCUGGUAUAUUUUCGGCCUUCACGAAUUCCGUCCUCUUUCCGCGAUCUCCUAUGUGCUUCGCUUCUCGCAUUUGGCAGGAGCGAGAUUUGAUUCCACCAUGGUGGGAAAACAGUUCUGUGGCCAUACCGUUCGUCUUGGGUUGCAUGAACUUCACAGAUUGCGGUGGCCGACGAACACAGAACGCGUAUGUCAGAGACGUCAUCUGGUCCCGCUGCUGUGUAGAUGAUAAAUGUGCUGUACAACCCUUUUCGGAUAUUUCUAGCCGAGGGCGGGGCACUGCCUCUAAAGUUAGGUCAAUACGCGUCGAGGUGGAGCUAUAUAAAACCUCCGGCAAACACGUUCGAUUCGCCCUCGACCAGACGGACAAGGUGCCCUCAACACCAUCUCCCGCUAAGACAUCCUCAACACUUCCCUCGUCGAGAGGCUCAUCGUCACGACAUGAGCCGCGACUUCCAGGUCCAACCCCAUACACCCUUCCCCGACCAAAAGUACGGGUUAUUCCACAGGUGCAUUCGCUAUUAUCCGUCGCGAAGCCCCCUGCAAUCAACUACGACCUCGCGAACCAUCCUUCCACCGUUACCACAUCCUACUCUACUCUUUCCUCCAGACCCAAUUCGCUCUAUGAGCCUGCCAUUUCACCACCAGUUUCUCAGCUAAUGCUCACGUCUCCCUAUCUUCCCUGGCGAAUUUCUGUUCGUCCAUUGUUGAACGGCACCUAUGUCACUGUGUCCGAUGUCCUCCACGCAAUGUAUAGCGGGCUUCGGGAGAACAUUUCUCCCGCCGAAUUCUACGGACUUCCCUCGAAGACGGAAAUGCGGAGGGUGACGGAGGCUUAUGAGCAGAGAUACAGGCGCAUAAAGAGCCGGAGUGGGUCGUACGAGGAGAAGAAGGCUGGUGUUAAGCAGGUCGACUUUUACAUGGGUCGCACGAGAUUCGCUGGGCUUUCGCCUAGCACCAAAGGCCACGAUGUCUGGGUUAUGAACAUCCUAUGAUUUGGAUGUCGCCCACGAACAUUUUUGUUUUUCAUUCUCUCGAACAGCUUACGCACGCAUCGGAUACCUUGUUUUCUCUUCCUCCAGUCAUCGCGCACUAGUUAACUUAUACUCGCAAUUAUUUAUGCAUCAUUUUGUACCGCAGUCAUUAUUUCAUUUCUCUCU